AGGCAUCAUGUUAAUAGUGAAACUAUUUUAAAACUUGUUUGUCCUCCUUUUGAUGUAAAAAGGUCAGAGAAGACCAUUUGGGACCUGGCAGUAGAAGAGAGAGACAGAACAGAAAAUCACCCCAACCAAGGUAAACAUUAAUUUGAAUCUACAAGGGUUUACAUUCAAAGGAUGCAAUCUGGUAGCCUUGUGUCAAGGAAGAAUAUCUUUUGAACUCUGUAGGAAGAGUAAAUUGAGGUAAAGAGGACUAUAAUUAAGUAAAUUACAUAAAUGAUAAAAAAAGAAAAGUAGUAUUACUGACAUUGUGGUGUGAGUUAAGGAAUCUUGUUCAAUGUAACCUCAGUAAUUUAUUGUUCUUGCACAAAGUUAAACAUUUUUAGCAUCAGAUAGGUAAAUAAUUAUUGACUGUCAAUGUAUUUGUUUUGAGCUGGAUUACGAUUGCUCUAAUUUAGAUCAGCAAGAUGAUACGCCAUUAUCCAGCAGUGAUGAAUCCAGUAUAUUUGUCCUUGGAAGUAAAAAUUCUGUGAGUUUUUCCUUCAAAAAUAAACUCAAUGUCGUCGGUGAAUUCUGUGUCAUUGCACAACAGAUUCAACUCCUUUUUGACCUUUACUUUCAAUUUUAAUUUGUAGGGAAAGACAUCCUUGAUUUUGAGAUUUCUUGAUAGGUGAGUAGCCUGGGCAUUUUGUUUCUUAUGAGUUACUGAACUUAUCAGUGCUCUCAUUUACUGCCAACUAACAAAAUUGUAAAUGCCAGAUGGCAGAGGUAUGAGCAAGGUUUACUGACAAAUACACCAAACUUGGCCUACCUUACGUCAAAAAUAUUUCCAUGACUCAGGAUUCUCCAGAAAAUUGAAAGUGGAAGGGAAAAAUAAGUAAAGGGCAAUAGAUUAAAAUUUAAUAAAAAGGUACAGACUGCCAUAAUUGGGUAGGUAUUGGGAGUGGGUCUUCCCCCUUUCACUGGGGGAGUCCUGGGACCCUGAAAAGUGCACUUUGCACUUUAGGCCACCAGGGAAAGGUUUUAGUCUUGGCUUGAAGUGAAGUGACCAUUUGGAGGAUGAAUGGGCAUAUAACAACAUGAAAUUUCCAUAAUAAUAAUUAUUAAUGAAUUUUUUUUGCCCAUAUCUACCUUGUAGAGAUGAAGCUCCUAAACCAACUACUGCACUGGAUUACACAUUUGGACGAAGAGCUAAAACUGGGCACAAUAUUGUAAGUUGCCUUAGAAGAAAAACAUUCCAGUUAUCAAGUGAACCAGCUAGUUUAGGUUUGUUGAAUGGAGGGCACGUAAUUAACUUUUUCUCUUUCAGCAACCACUUAGCUCUUUAUUGUAUUAUUUCAAAGUGAUUCAUUGCCAAGGAAAGUUAGGUACCAGUUUGUUGUAAGAUAUUGGAAAUGACUUUGCUCUGUCUUUUGUUUUCAUUUCUUUGAGGAACUAUAACCUGCAGAAUAAUGUUAAUAUUCUGAACUAAUUAAUGGUCCUUCCACAAAGCAUACAGUAACAUUCAAUCUGUCUCAUAAUUGAAGUAAACUAUUAUUUAGGGUGGACACACAAGAAGGGGUCUUACACAGUGUAUUUAAGAUGGCAUAACAAGUACUCUUCCUGAGACACAUGAGUUAUGCCACAACAAGUUAAGAUUAUUGGAUGUUUAUCACUGCCACACAAUUUUAAAAUUAGUUAUUUUAACUUACACAUUUUCAAACAGGGCUCCAUACAGUUACAUGUAGGUGUGAUUAAAGAAUUAUUUUAGUCACAAAUUUCAUGACUUUUUUUUCCAUUUGGUCGUCAGUGGUUUAAAUGUAGGCACAUUUGGGCCUGUAUUUAGUUUGCCACAAUUUUUAUGCUCUGGAGUGUGGUUUUAAAUGAUAUAAAUUUGAUUUGUUAACAGGGAAAAGACAUAGGUCACAUAUGGGAACUUGGUGGUGGAACAUUCCUGUCUAAACUGAUUGAAAUUCCUAUUACAUCUGUAACAAUCAGGUAACUCGAUAUAAUAAUGAUUGUGGCCUGGUUACUACUUUAAAAUAAAUAAAAUUAACAUUAAGAAAAGUAACCCAACUGUUAUUUGUAGCAAAGUCCCACGGAAUUGCCGAUUUUUGUAGAAGUGCCUCUAACUUACUGUACUCCCCUACAGAAACAUGGCAAUAGCAAUUGUUGUGGACUUAUCUCUUCCAAAUGAACUGCUUCAUACUCUGGAAACACUGUUGUCUCAAGUGAGUUUUUAGGUUCUCGGUAGAGAAAUAAUUUGUAGAUAAGUGUAGUCAGGGCUGGCCAGGGCUUUUAGACACAAUUAUGGUUUACAGGGGUUAAUAAUAAAAUUGGCAACAUUUUAUGUUAUCUUUCACCUGAAAACAAAUGAUUUUAAGUUAAUGGAAUAAAGUUUCCUUUAGGUUUGGAUAAAUUGAUUAAAUUUUGGGUAAAUUUUGGGUUUAUUGGUAGUACAGUUAUAACUAUGUUUCACCAAGUAAAUUACAGUGAGAUUGUCACUAUAAUGCUUAAACCCGUGGGUGCAGUCUUAGAGAACUUUGAAAACAGUCAGUUUUUUUCUCAGAGUCAGUUUUCAGUGCGCAAAGAGCCAGACUGAGACUUUCACAUAAAGGGUUUUUUUGUGUUUUGCGUGUACAGUUCAGAAAAGACUAUCAGUUCAGUUACCACAUAUGGAGUUCAUUAAAGGCUUAAAACACAAGAAGAAUAUACCAUAAUGUAUGUUUCUUCUCUCCUAAUUGUCCUAAUUGUCUUACAAAAUUAUUGUCUGGCUUCUAUACAGCAAGAUAUUUUUGGUGAAUGUAAGGGGAAGGGAUGUCUGUGAACAAGUAGGAUUUUCAAGUUGAUUACACUAUGCGGUUGAAUGUCUCUUUCAGGUUAAAUCAAAGGUCGGGCGAGCACUGGAGGAAUUGGGAAAGAAAGAUCCAAGGUACAAUAGUGUGAAUUGAGAUGAUGCACAAAAAAUCUUGCAAUUUUGCUUGAUGCCUUACAGGAUUUCCAGAGAUGCCGGUCUAGAAGCUAUCCAGUUGUAUUUGUUUGUGAAAACUUGGCCUUUAGAUCGUUUUAUUUCUUUAUUUAUUAGUUUGUUUUUCCGUGGAAUAUAUAAUUUUGAUGACGUUUUCUUGCUCCAAUGCCAACUUCGCCGCCCAACCAUGCAAACAUCUAUAAAAUUCUGCGUGUUUGGGAAGCUAUCCCUUCGUUAGCUUUCAACAAAUAAAUCUCAAACAAGACAACUUUGAUUUUCAGGCGAUCUUUCCGGCCUUAUCGACAGAUUUGUCAUAUAACUGCAGCACCCCAAAAGUUGUGAAAAAAAAAAAACGUUGAAAAUUAUUCACAGAUAUCCAGUGUUUUAAGUUGUAUAGUCUGUACUUAUUUUAAGCGAGUGGGGUGAGUUUAGUUGAGUUUAAAUGCAUUGUACAGGCAUACAUCAUGUUCUGACUUUUGUGUGGUCUUGUCCUCUUUUACAGUUCUGUGCAACAUCUCAAGAAACAAGCUUGGAAGAAAUUCGGAGAAGAACACCCUGUAAGAAUACUGAUUUGAAUUUUUGGUCCCUAACUGCGGAGGAAAAGGUGGAUGGUAAUAGAGAAGGAUGAAGAUUUAGGGGCACCCAACGAGAAUAUAGUUCAAAACCACUUAAACAUAGCAUUGUUAAAUGUAUUUUAGUAUUUAAACGGUAGAUAUAGACAUAUUUUUAUCCCGCCCUAGAAAUUUUUCAUCUGUUAGGAUUUCCUAGCUGAAAGUCUAGUUAUCCGAAAAUUAUAGGGAUCAAAACAAAAAUUUCAGCCAGAAAAAAGGUUCCCGAAAAUUCUAGGUGACCUUUUUAGGGUAAAAAUCCGUUAAAAAUGGGCAAUUAUACCAUUUUUUAGAUGUUCGAAAAUCCAAGGAGAGGUCGGCAAGCAAGAAAUUUUACAACAAAUGUUGCAAAAAUUUUAGAUCUCAAAUCGUCUUCUGAACACAUAUUUUCCGAAAAUUAAAGUUGGGUGCCCCUGAAGAUCGAGAAUGCAAUGGGAAAGGGACGUGAGGUGUGUUUUCGACGUGUUUCCAAUGAAAGUUGGAAGAUUAGCAAUAACAAGGGAUAAGCAGUUUGAGUAGCAUUUCCCAGACCUAGACAUUCAUAAAAAGUCACGGUGCCUGGUACAAAAUCACCGAUAUGAGCGGACUGUUUCACUUUGAGAGUACUCAUGGCCAUUUGAAUUUUAACGUCAGUAAACGCCCAUUCCAAGACAUUUGUCAUUUUGCCUAAAGUUUUAACCUUUAAGGCCUUGGGAAACUUCGAUAGCCUACGUUUCAAGUGGCGAGAGGGAAGGGGCAGGCUAUGGAAAACUAGAAGUAGAUCAUGGAUAAGUCACGCAAUUCUAAAAAAAGCACUUUAUUUGAGUGUAUUUAGCGCGAAAUUACCAACUGGAAUUACUAUUUUUUUACGUCUCCUUCUGGACACGCCACGGGAAGGACUAGCCAUUUUCAGGGAAUGGAACAUGCGACCCCUGUUCUACAGUCCAGUGCUCUACCGACAUAGCUAAUCUUGCCGCGGUUUUCCUAAAAGCAGGAAAGACAUGUGAGCUUUGAUUCGCUGAAAAUUUUACGAUUGUUCUUCCCACCUACAGCCGUGUCUCUGGAUCUCACUGGUAUUCAGUGCUUUUAUUUUAAGUAAAGCUUUUUUGUCAAUCUGCAUCUUUCAGGAUAAAUCCUCUAUUGACCUGUUUCCAAUUCCACUUGCUAUAGUUGGCGGAAAAUACGACAUUUAUCAGGUCAGUAUAUUCAACAGCUUUUGACCUAGGUGUAAGUAGAUAGAGAGGAAGUAACACAAGUAGUUCUAUAUAAACUUCCAAGAGUUUUGUGAACAUCGCACGAAGGACUUUUUGACAGUCUAUGCAAAUUUCAAAGGCAAACUGAGUAACCAAGCUAAAAUAGGUUAAACGCAGGGUGAUGGGAACUUUUGCCACCCUUCGACUCGAGCCAAAAAUAUUAGAGACUCCAGUUUGUUUAAAACCGACAAGGGAACACCUUUGUUUUAAUGUGGUUGUCGAAGUAGCUAAUAAGCAAUAUUUCUUGCAGGAUUUUGAUCCAGAAAAACGUAAAAUGAUAAGUAGAACGCUGCGCUUUAUAGCGCAUAGCAAUGGAGCCCAUCUGCAGGUCAGUGAGUUUAUUUCUCCUGCUCUUUCAAAGUACGUAAUGUCGCCAGUUUUGAAACGUUUUUAAUCUCCAAGGUUUUCAACAUCGCUUCUUUUAAAACCUAUUGCUAUUGAGCUGUGUAAUAGAGUUCUAAAGUGAUGACAUCAUAAAAAUUUAAGUUUGUGAAAUUAUGGGAUUUGCCAUGAAAUUCUAAAAGAACAAGAUAGAAAAGGCCUAACCCCAUAAUAUCACAACAUAAUCUUUCAUUACGUCACACUUUCGGACUCUAUUCCAACCGAGAUUUUCUUGGCAACGUUGUCGGACUCGCGUAUCAUUAAGGCUAGGGCAGGGCAUUGUGGGAUGGAUGUUUUGGUGCAUCCGUCCCAGAGCGCAACGCGCAACGCGCAACGCGCAAAAGAAAUGAGAGGGGCAUGGGAACGAAACAGUGAACUAACAGUGGUAGUUUUUUUCUUUGUAGUUCUUUAGCACCAAAGCCGAAGGUCUGACAAACCGCGCACGAGGCCUGGUUGGCUCUCUUUUAUUCCAUACUCCUCUCAAGUAAGUGCUUUAUUUCCCCUUUCAUAGCAGUCUGUCACUAGCCUGCAUAACUGGCGCCUUAUGAGCCAAACGAGGGGAGCACGGCAUUUCGCGCGAAUCGCGAAACGAGCGCGAAUCACGAUUCCUCCCCUCGCGAUUCGCGCGAAAUGCCGUGUUUGCCUCGCUCGGCUCAUAAAGGGCCUGUUAUGCAGGCUAUCUGUCACUACCCAUUUUGGCCUAGGCAAAUAGCUCUGGCCAUUCCACCCUAGGAAACAAGGAGAAAGCGUAUAGAGCAGUGAUUUCAAAAGCGUCUGGUAUAGCCAUACUUAUUAAUACCGAAUCAUUAAACUUAGGUUUUAUACAGGUAGAAAUAUUGUCACUUUUUGACUUGACCCGUUGAAGCUAAAAACUCUGACAGUAAUCCCGGGGGGAUAUUUAUUUCAAGCACAUUUGACGGGGGCGAGGGGCUUACUUAAUUUAGCGAAACGGGGCACUUAACUGCUUUUUCAAACAGCCAGAAGAUGGUAUCAAUUCAUGAAGUUGGAGGUCAUCCAGCCGAAGAUCAAAACAAAUCCGAACAUUCUGUACUUGAAUAAACCAUAUUACUCCAAUUGAAGUGUUACAGUCGUGAUAAAAGGUCUAUCAAUUAUUCAUUUGGUUGUGGAGAAUAAGGAGGGAGGGGGGAGAGGGGGCUUAUUUGAGAGGGAAGGCUUGGUAUACAUGAUGUUUACGCUAUAUUUGACGAGAGCGAACAAGUGACGUUCUUUUUCUGUUUUUAGCAAAGUGGUAUCAGUGGAUCAUAAUAAACCCAUCAUUGUUCCAGUUGGCCAGGACUCCUUUCAGCAGAUAGGUGAGAGACGUGACGGCAGACUCUUAGUUUAACUUUAUUGUUUGUUAUUUCAACUUCUAUUCUCUGACAAGAAAUUCUUUGUUUCUUUUGUUUUCGUACAAAAGAGCCUCUAACGGUUUGUGGGCUCGUGAGUCAUGAUUUUUUUCCUUCUCCUGUCAGGUUCUCCUCCAGUGGCCAGUCAGGAUGUGGGAAAAAUGCACAGCAGGUUGGUAAAGUGUUCUUUUAGGCUUUUCUUGUUAUUUGACAGUGUCUUAUGGGCUCCUGACAGUGUAUAGUUUUUCUUGCAACGUGGAUUAACAAGUUUUAGCCCCUGGAAACCUUUGGGUGUGGGGGUAACCCUUGGCUCUUCUUAAUCAAGGACGAAUCAUCUGAUCGCCCCUUGUAAGGGAUUCCAGAUUCCGGAAUCCGGGAAAGUUUGGCCCGUGGAAUGUGGAAUACAGUUCAAAGAAUCCCGGAAUCCAACUAAGGACUGGAAUGUGGAAUCCGAGGUACUUACAAAGAAUUCAGUUUACAGUAAUCCGGAAUCCUUGCGUAGAAUCCAGAAUCCAGGCCUGAAAUAGUCGGUUACAAGUGUUUGAACGAGUCCAAGAAUGGAAUGCAAUGGUCUUGUGACAAAAUGGAAGAGGCAGAAUCUUUUUUUCACCAAGGCAGACGCUCAUUGACUUAAUUGGCUGCUUGUGGCCUCACCAGCUUAAACUUAAAUGAUUUUUUUAAUCCAUCGGGUCCGGAUUUAUGGUAAUCAUCUUUCGAACCACCAAUGAACUUAGGAAGAGAAAAACACAGAGGCGGCUUUUCUUAAAAACAAACUGAUUGUUGCGAACUAAGUUCUAUGAUAUAUUUCAGGGAUCCAUAUGAGCAGUGGAAGGCAGCCUUCUCUACGUUUUACCCACCAGAGGUAAAUACUGAUCGUGCUAUAUAACCCGCGUAGCAGGCGCACCAGAAAAUAAGGGGGCUCUGCAAGCAAACACGAUGCCUACAACAGCGACAACGUGUCUAAAAUCAAUUCGCGUAGUUUCAAACUUCGUCGCUGUUAUUUCAUCUCGUCCAAUUUGCCAAAUGUAGGAGACGUAGGAGUAAUAUCCAAGUUCAGAAUAAAAAAUCAGAUUCUCAUGUUUUGGUUUCUUAAUCUUGAGCUCCAUAAUAGGCUGUAUAUGUAUUUGUACGCUUUGCAACGCGGGCUUCUACUAAUAAAAUAACCACUCUCAUCGCUGAAAAGUCAAAAGCUUUAUAUAAACCCUCUGAUAAACGCCCAGGCAAGUAGCAAGUAUACAAAGUUUUCCUUAACUACCUCACCACACUUUGCCAUUUUUUAACUCGUUAUGUAUGUUAAUAGAUUUUCUUGGUCAAAAUCUCAGAUCACGCUGCUGGCAGUGCUCUCAUUUUCCAUAAAAUUGUCCCGGAAAAUUGUGCUUGUUUCCGUAACUUGGUUUUUAUCUUUUAUAUCGACGUAGAAAUCCCAAGGGCGAAGUACGAGUGAAGAUCCUUCUAAGGAUCCGCAGUAUGCUGAACCAGCGGUUGACACGAUGAGGAAACAGAAAGAUGAGGUAAACUGGGUACAAAACUCUUAUACAUUUGUUACACUGGAGUUGAUGUCUUAA